GGAUCGUGAAGGCAAGCCUUUCACUGACUGUAUGACUGUAUGAUCCGCACUUGCACUGUACCGACCUAUAUUAAGUUGAGAUCUGUGUGUGAGUUGUAAGAGUUCAUUCUAAUAUUGAUAUGGGCGUCUCGCCAACAAACUCAAAGAAAACCCCUAUGCUGAAACAAACAACUCUGAGACCAAAGAAUAAAAGGGAAAUGAACAAAGCCGACAAAGGUCACCCGAAAGGCGAACCCAGGGGUAAAGUGCAAAGAUCAGUAGAGACUAAAAGUCUGACUCCAAAAGAAAAACAGAUAGGCAGGUUGGACUUGAGUGCAUAUGAACCAUUCGAGCCAGGACACAGGUCAUCGGUAGAUCUCAGUAAGGAGGAAACAUGUAAAGGAGCACCGGGUGUGACAUGUGGUUUACCGGUUGGAGAUGAUGAUGAGGGUGUUGCAUGUGACUUGUGUCACAGAUGGUAUCACGGAACAUGUCAGGGGGUGACAUCUGAGGCAUAUGAAGCACUGCAGGAGCACCAAGAUAUGCUAGCAUGGAUCUGCAAAGAAUGCAAGGUCAAGAUAAGACUAGACAAAAACAAAGAAAAAGAAAUGAAGAAACUGGAGGAAAAAAUAGAUGCUCUUACAGACACCAUCAAAGAUCAAAUGAGAGUCAUCAAAAAAACUGCGGAUGAUCAUGAACAAGUCCUUGUACAGCUAGGUGAGCUGCAAGGAAGGAACCUGAAUACUCUACAUGAACAAAAUGAAACAAUCAUCAACAAGGUUGAAAGCCUGGCAGUGAGCAGCAUCGGAGAAGUAAGAGAUUCAGAGAAGACGUAUGCUGAUGCGGCUAAACAAACAUGUGAAAAACAUGUAGAAAAGGUAGUGAGCACACUCAGCGCAAGACUUGAUGUCAUACCAAAAGUUGACAAGAUAGUAGAAGAUAUCAAGAAAGUGAUGAAAACAAAGGAUACGGAAGACAGAGCAACCAACAUACUCAUCCAUAACGUGCCCGAAAGUCGAUCUGAGAACAGUGAACAACAAAGAGAAGAUGACCUGAAGAAGGUCAAGAACAUCACAGAAGCACUAGGAGUAGCAAACAUAAGCAUAAAAAGUAUCCUAAGACUCAGAAGACACCCAAGAAAGUCAGACACAGCGGCGAGAGGAUCAGACCAAACGGAAUCUCGGGAAAACAAACAAAAUAAACCCAGAAUCAUGCUGCUGAAACUAGGCACAAAAGAAGAAGCUGAAGUCCUAUACAAAAGAAGAUUUGAUUUGAAAAGAAAGGGAAUCGAAAACACAUACAUAUCGAGAGACCUCGACCCAGAACAACGGGAAAAACAAAGAAAACUACGGGAAGAAUGGAACAAGAAAGGCAGAGAAACCCACGUAAUCUACCAUGGUAAGGUGGUAGAACGGAAGGGAAACAAGUCUGUGAAGUAAGGAAGAAAAAGAAGCAGAGUGAACUUGAAGAAAGGACUGCUAAAGGUAGUAUACUUGUCAUCCAACUUUUGAACAUCCAAGGGCUAACCAGAGCUAAGCAGAUAGAAAUUAUAGAUAUGGUCAGUCAAAAGGCAAACCUGUUGUGUUUGACAGAGACUCAACUUAGGCAUGACAAGCUAAUGUGGCCAGAUGGCAUAGAAAAGAUCGAAAAAAUGAGAAAUCAGCAAGACAAAAAAGGGGGUGGUCUACUAAUGAUAUACAGGAAAGACUCCUGGUUUGAGGUAGAGAAGAUGGAGACGAAAAAUGUGGAUAUCCUGUACGGGAAGAUUAAGGCAAACAGCCUCAAGAUUCACCUGAUUCUGGUGUACUUUUCAAUCAUAAAAACAAUGGAUGACAAGAUACGCAACCAAGAAAUGAAAAAGGAAAUCGAAGGAAUUCUGGAAGGAGUUCAGGAAAAAAGUGAAGCAGCCAUCGUACUUGGAGACUUCAAUGGACAUAUUGACCUCUUGGGAUAUCAGAAAGAAGAUGAAAAUGGACGCAUCAUACUGAAUUGGAUUGAUAACCUUAACAUGACCCUAUUAAAUCUGGACAGAGCAUGUCAAGGUAUGUUUACAUGGUCGAGACAAGAUCAAAAAAGUGUUAUCGACUAUGUCCUUUCAAACAAAGAAUGCUAUAGAUACUUUCAAGGGAUGCAAGUGGAUGAGGGAAAGGAAAUAACUGAUGUAUCCGACCAUAAUGUGGUUACAACUAGUUUUAUGCUACCACAUGUUGACAACAACUUCAAAAAGGAUAAAGUAAUCAGAGAGAGCUACAUGAAAACGGACCAAAAGUCCAUGCAGAAAUUCGGAGAAGAGAUGAAUAGAAGGCUGAGGACAACAGAAGUCCAAAAAUUUGAAGUGCUUAACAGCAUGAUGAAAGAGGUGGCAGAGACUCUACUUGUAGCUGUCUACAAAAGGAGAUUGAGUAGACAAUAUUCAAGGAAAGAGCCACCAUGGAUUACGGAAGCUAUCAGAGAAGCAAUAAAGAAAAGAAAGGACCUGAACCGCAUGAAAAGAAAUGCAAUAGAUGAUGCUAAAAAAGUCACCCUUGAACAAAAG